AUGUAUCUAUAUAUAUAUCUAUAUCCAAAUAUAUAUAUAUAUAUGCAGAGUGAACUCAAACACAACAGGCAAUCCAUGGCAGAGCAGACAAUAAAAAGACCAGUAGCUGAGCAUGGGGUCAAUCACUCCCUUGGUUUGGCAUGCGGCGUCAGCCAGUCUGUGGGGCGGGACCUGUCCAGAUGUCACCAUCUCCCCAGCCUGCGCGGCCCCAUGGCCAGAGGUUGGACGGGAGCCCUGCUGGGUGGCGCGCCAGAAGAGGGUUGGGUGAAAUGUAUUCCGGCAUCAAGCACUUCCAGGCAACAGAGGGCAAGCCCCUCUUCGGACACCUCGGGGGGAGGUGACUCACAUGACCUUGACUAA